CUCGAUUUGAUAGCCAAUGGAUACCUAUAGGGGAUACCUGUUACCAGACCUUUGCUCCGCAUGGCAACAUCAGCGCCCCAGUGUUCGCGUGCACCCUCGCUAUGGCUGGUCCAUGGUGCUCUCAUCUUAGUGCAGGUGAUAUUUGGAGGUGGCUCCGUGGUUGGAAAACUCGGCGCGGAAAAGUUCAAUCCAAUGCUCUUCGCAUUAAUUCGUGAAGGGGUCUCCGGACCUACGUUGUUGGCACUGGCAUUGUGGCGUGAUGGCACCCUGGUUCCAUUGCGAAAGGAUUGGGCACUGAUCUUAAUCAUGGGUUUGUGUGUCUUUUCCAACCAGGCCUUCUUUAUCAUAGGGGACAAGCUGGCAGGUCCCAUCAUCAGCAGUGCGUGGCAAUGUUCGCAGCCGAUUUUCACCUUGCUCAUCAGCCUUACGCUGGGCUGGGAACCAGCAACUGUGCGGAAGUUGCUGGGCAUUCUGCUAUCCUUUCUGGGUGGUGCUUUCUUGGUUUGCUACGGCCAAGACGUGGGAAGUCCCGGGGCGGUUGGGAAUGUGCUGUUGGCCCUCAACUGUCUUGGCACCUCUCUCUAUGUGAUCUUUGCCAAGAUUGCUUUGGAACGAUAUCCCCCCCCUGACAGUCACAGCCUGGGCCAUGAUGUCUGCAAGUGUGAUGAUGGCCAUUUCAGCAGGAAGUCUCAACAACUCAUGCGGCUUCAUUCAUUUCAUAUGUCCACCCACGGGCACACAAGACUUCACUUGUGGAAGCUACCAGGCUUCAUGUUCAGCUUGGUUGGUGCCAGCGACUGCCGUUCUUCCCCUGGCAUAUUGGAUCAUCUUCCAAAGCAUCUCAGCCUAUUUCCUACUCACUUGGGCCAAUCGUUACGCCCGAGCUGGCUACAUUCUGGCAUACACUGCCCUGCAGCCAUUCACCAGUACCCUUCUUAGUGUGAUUUUGAUCCUCUCUGGGGUCCAAGGGUUGCAGAUGCCUGGCUGGAACGUCCUAGGCUCCAUUGGUAUCUUUCUUGGACUUAUUUUGCUGAUCCUGGAUGGGAAACGUCAGCAUGAGGCUGACCAAGCCACCUUGCCAUCCUUGCGUGAGUCUUUGGGAGAUUAGAGCUGCGAAGGUUGAUGAAAAG